AUGACCCUGAUAGAUAUCCACAAGCCAAGAGGCAACAACCAGACCUCACCGUCCUUUAAAAUGUCUAAUGGCUACAUCCUACCUGAGGGCAAACUGACUCCCAAUGCCCUGUUUGUCGGUGGGAUUGAUAUGAAGGUGGAUGAAAAUGAAAUGCGGGACUUCUUUGCAAGAUAUGGAGCUGUUAAGGAAGUAAAAAUUAUCACAUACCGUGGAGGGAUCUGCAAGGGGUAUGGGUUUGUGUACUUCAAUGAAGAUGUCAACAUUCAGUCAAUCAUUGACCAACAGAUCAGUUUUAAGGGCCGGAAACUCAAGCUGGGCCCUGCCAUCAUGAAAGAAAGGAGCUCUCGGUUCAUGCCAUCCCGUCUGGUUGGCCCAGCUCCAUGGAUGAGCCCCACUCAGUACUUCUACUGCCCUUGCUGCUCGCCCGUUGGAGGGGGUAUGGCACAGCCUUCACCGAUGCUGAAUGGAGGCAGCCCCUACAAUCAGCCGUACUCCUAUUCCAACUUUGGAGGGGUCAUGAUCCCACAGAUGCCAGUGAACUACGCACAGAAUGCCUAUGCUUACCAGUACACUCCACCUCACUGGACGGCGGACCAGAGGACACGGCCUGUCAAUCAGAGCUUUGUGGACUGUGGAGUACAGACCAUGCUGACUGUGCUGUAG